AUUGGUCACGUGACCCUAGCUUUUUAAAGUCACACAAGGAAACGGCGCUUCAAAGCCGGAAGUGAAGCGAGAAGAUGCAGCUACUGUGGCUGGCUUCUUUCCUCCCCAUUCUGUUGGUGGGCGAGGCGGCACCUGCGGCCGAUGAGGUGACAUACCUGCCGGGCUUAAAGAAACAGCCCAGCUUCAAGCAUUAUUCUGGAUACUUGAAUCUGCCGACGGGGAAGCACCUGUUCUACUGGUUUGUUGAGUCCCAAAAGCAGCCGUCAUCAGACCCGGUGGUUUUAUGGCUGAAUGGGGGUCCGGGCUGCAGUUCUCUGGACGGAUUGCUGACAGAACAUGGACCCUUUCUGAUCCAAGAUGAUGGCAUCACACUGAGCUAUAAUCCGUACUCCUGGAACAUGGUGGCAAAUGUGUUGUACUUGGAGUCUCCCGCUGGAGUUGGCUUCUCAUAUUCUGAUGAUCAAGACUACAGAACCAAUGAUACAGAGGUUUCCAUGAACAAUUACCUGGCACUGAAGGAGUUCUUCAGACUGUUCCCAGAAUACAAGACCAACCAGCUUUUCCUCAUGGGUGAAAGUUACGGAGGAAUUUACAUCCCAACUCUGGCUGAGCGGGUGAUGGAAGAUGCCACCAUCAACCUGCAGGGUAUCGCUGUGGGAAAUGGGAUGUCCAGCUAUGAGAUGAACGAUAACUCUUUGGUCUUCUUCGCAUAUUACCAUGGUCUUCUGGGCCGGACCCUGUGGCAACAGCUCAACCACUUUUGCUGCGACAGCAAGCAGUGCGACUUCUACAACAACCAGAACCCAAACUGCUCUGCCAGCGUCUCUCAAGUGGAGGACAUUGUCUACAGCUCUGGACUGAACAUGUACAACCUCUACGCUCCCUGUCCUGGUGGAGUCAAGGAGAGAAUUAGUGUGGAGAAAGGCCAGCUGGUGAUCCGAGACCUCGGGAACACCUUCAUCCACCACCAUAGGACUCGGCAGAGACACCAGAAAUUGCGGGGUCUGGCAUCUGGCCGUUUUCUCUUGACUCUUGACCCCCCCUGCACCAACUCGACCCCGUCCUCGCUCUACCUGAACGACCCGCAAGUCAGAGCUGCUCUCCACAUUAAGUCCAAGUCGGCGGUGUGGACCAUCUGCAGCGCCGAGGUCAAUCUGAACUACAACCGUCUGUUCAUGGAUGUCAGGAAACAGUACCUAAAAAUUCUGUCUGCGCUGAGGUACCGUGUUCUGCUGUAUAAUGGUGAUGUGGACAUGGCUUGUAACUUCAUGGGGGAUGAGUGGUUCGUGGAGUCUCUGCAGCAGCAGGUGGUGGUCCUGCGCCGCCCAUGGCUGUAUGAGGACCUGGAUGGUCGACAGGUUGGCGGUUUUGUCAAAGAGUUUGACAGCCUUGCCUUUCUCACCGUGCGGGGUUCGGGUCACAUGGUUCCCACAGAUCGACCAGUCGCUGCCUUUGCAAUGUUUUCUAGAUUCAUCCAGAAGCAACCAUUCUGACCCUCAGCUGACCUUCACCCUCUGACCUCUCCAUGUCUCUCUUGUCAUCCUCAUCUGAUCUUGUGCACUGAUGUCUCCCGGUUGUCAUGGAAACGAGCAUUGAUUUAAUGCUUAGUUUUAAAUAAAAUUAAAAAAACAACAAAUUGUUGAA